AUGGAUGUCAAGACGGCGUUUCUUAAUGUGCUCCUGGACGAAGACAAUUACAUGGUGCAGACAGACGGUCACGUCGAUGAAGAUCACCCAGACUUUGUUUGUCAGCUCAAGCGCUCCCUGCACGGUCUAAAGCAGUUACCACGGAUGUGGAACCAGACCAUCAACAAGUUUAUGCUGGAACUGGAUUUUAAGAAAUGUGAAACGGAUCACUGCAUUUAUGUUAAGCGAGCCGAUCAAGACAUGAUUUUCAUGGCACUAUACGUCGACGAUUCGGUUCUCGCGAGCAACAACGACGAGCUGCUAAAGUAA